AAUAGAAAUUAUUUCUAUGAUUAUUUGAGUAAUAUAUAUAUUGAGACAAAUUACAUGUUGAAAUGACAAUAUGGACGUGAUUGUUUGUGAAUUUGUACAAUAGUAUAAUGCAUAUUUUUUUUAAAUUGUAGAAAAAGCUGCAAUUGAAGGGAGCUUUUAUGUUGUCGGUGAUUCACACUGAAUCGAUAUUGUCCUCUUGGCUUUUUAUAUACGUCAUGACGUCAAACGAAACACCGUAUACACAUAAGCUUUACUCUAAUUUUUUUUUUAUUUUUAUUUUCUUUGUUUUAUUUUUUUUAAAUGGUAAUUGCACGUAACAAUCUCAUAAUGACACGAUAAAUAGCGUGUGUUCUCAUUCACUCCUAUUUUUUUUUUCGUGUUUUUAAUGGUAAUUUUACAAGCAAUGAUGGAAAAACUACACGUCAUAUAAAUGCUUAACAUUAUCCUGGCAAUAUGAUUUAAAAAAAUAUAAAAACAAAAAGAAUUUAAACUUGUAUAAAAUAAAUGUCGAACUUAUUUAUGAGUGUCAAGCAAUUAUUGUUAUUUGGAUGAAAAUAUUCUGAACAUAAAUCAUCUUUGCGAUAAAUAAUUUCCUUGAUAAAAAAAUUAACAUCCUGGAAUGUGUAAUGAUAUAAAAAAAUAUGAGGAAUUAAUAUUUAUCAUUAUAAAAAUUAUAAAAGCACAGUAACAUGUAAACAUAAUGAUUCAAUGACUAUUUAAAAUGUUUAAAAAAAAUUAUCAUGACAAGAGUAUAUAUGAAAAAAAUAAAUAAAUAAAUAUUGCAUUUAAUAAUUUAUUUAUUUUUUUAAAUUUACUAUUAUCAUACAUGUUGGAUAAAUUGAAAAUUAAUUAAUUUAAAAAUAAAUUAAUUAAUCAUCGUAUUGUAAUGACUCAAUGUUAUUAUUAUUUCAAAUUUAAUUUUUUUAAUAUUUACCUUUAAAAUAUUCUAUGAAAUGUUUGCUUUUUUUUAUUUUAUUUUUUUGAAUUUAUUAUUAUAUAUUAUUGCCAAGAUAAUUAUUAAACAUUUUCGGAUAAAUAUGUAAUUUAUUUAUUUUUUAUUUGCUAGUGGAGAUAUUUUUGUUGUGCCAUAUAAUUUUUAUACUUUGGUAUCUUUUGUUGAGGAUAUUGUGGCCAGGAUAUUCAUAUAAAUUAAUCAAACAUAAAAUAAUAUUUGAAAAAAAAAUGAUUUAAUUCAUUUUUUUUUAUUAAAAUAAAUCAUUUAUUAAAAAAUGAUUUUAUUAAUUUAAAGAUAAAUUGUUUACAUUGCAUGCAUAUUUAUAUGCAUAAGCGUAUAAUUUUCUUUGUUACAUCUUCAAUUAUCUUGUAUGAUGAUCACCACUCUAGAGAGGAUGAUGACUAAUAACAACGAUAAGUGUAGGCACAGUAUAUACAGUGGACACGAUUUUUAUAUAUAUGUGUAUUAUUGUAUCAUGUUGUUUAUAAGCAUAUCAGACAAACGAUGACGAUGUUGUUGGUGUAAAUGAAUGGUCAGGAGAGACGGAUGAGACGGAUGAUGAUGACGAAGUAGAAAAAAAAAAAAUUGGAAAAAAAAAAAUUUAUUAAAUCGAAAAAGAAAAAAAAAGAGUGGGGAAUGUUACAACUUACAUAUUGGGAUGGUAUACUGCAUACGACUGUUAGUGAUAAUAAGUAUCUACAUCGAUAUUGACGAUAUAUUUCAACUUGAAAAAAAAAAUUAGUUAUACUCAGUAGUUUGUCGAAUAAAAAACGUAACAUAAUAAUUUUAGUUAAAAAAUGUUUUUUUAAACGUGUGUUACUGUGAGAGUUUAUUUGUAUACGUGUAUGUGAUUAUUAGUUUUAAUCAGAAGCUUUUCUUGUUCACUUGAUUAAGCACGUGUCAUUUUUUUUUUUUUUUUAAAUUACUUUAUAUACUUUUAUAAAUUAUUCGCGCGCUAGCAAUUUAAUAUAUAAAUAUCAAAUUAAAAUGCGACGAAAAAACAAGACAGAGAGUGAAUAUUCAGUUGAAGAACAAGCAAGAUUAACUGGAGUUGAUGGUGGUGGUGAUGAAACAUCACCAGAUGAUGAUGGUGGAUCAUUAUGUGAAUAUCAUGAUAUACCACCACCUCCAGAUGGUGGAUAUGGUUGGAUUGUUGUAUUUGCAUCAUUUAUGUGUAAUAUGAUUGUUGAUGGUAUUGCAUAUACAUUUGGUAUAUUUAAAGAAUCAUAUAUGAAAACUUAUGAUAUAAGUGAAGGUGAAGUUGCAUGGGUUGGAUCAAUAUUAGCUGGAAUGUAUUUAAUUGCUGGUCCAGUUGUUAGUGCAUUGACAAAUAAAUAUGGUUGUCGAGCUGUUUGCAUGGCUGGAAGUAUUAUUUCAACAAUAGCAUUUGGUUUAUCAAUAUUUACACCAUCAGUAACAAUGCUUACACUUGUAUAUGGUGUAAUGGGAGGUAUUGGAUUUGGAUUAAUAUAUUUACCAGCAGUUGUAUGUGUCGGUUAUUAUUUUGAAUCAAAAAGAUCACUUGCAACUGGUAUUGCUGUAUGUGGUUCUGGUGUUGGUACAUUUGCAUUUGCACCAUUAUCAAAUUGGUUAUUAGAAAAUUAUGAUUGGAAAGGUUCACAUAUAAUACUUGCUGGUUUAAUAUUAAAUUGUGCUGUAUUUGGUGCAUUAAUGAGACCACUAACAUAUCCAAAACAAUCAUCAGUUAAACCAUUAUUACAAAGAAUGGCUGAAGAAAAACGUUUUCAAAUGGAACGUGGUAGUAUUGGUGGUUCAUAUUUUAUGGUACAAUUACCAGAUGGUUCAAUGGAAAAAAGAAUGAAAAUGCCAAUAAAUGUUGAUCCAGGUGUACAUUCAAGUUUUAAUCUUGAUCAAUUAGUACCAGUACCAACAGUACCAACAUUACCAACAAUAUCUGAAGCUAAAGUACAAGAAAAUUCAUCAACAAGUAGUGCAACAAGUAAAAGUGGUAGUAUGGAAUUAAAAAUACCAAAUUCAAAAAAUAAUAAUAAAAAAAUUGAUGAUAAUAAAGAUACCAAAGAUUCCAAAGAUAUUAUUGAAAAUGAAUUUAAUAAUAAAAUAACAAUGCCAAGAAAUGCAUCACAACCAGCAUUUACAACACAUGUACAAGGUUUACCUAAAAAUGGUUCUGUACCAUUUUUUGAUAGAUUACGUAAAACAAGUACUGGUGAACGUUAUAAACCAAGUCUUAGUGCUAUUAAAAAUUCACGUACAACAUUAAAUUCAAAUGGUGAUAUACGUAAAUCAUUACAUUUAAGAUUAUCAGCAAGUAGUAUGUUAGGUUCACGUAAUAAUAAUAUGGAAAAUAAUGAUGAUGAUAGUAGUAUAACAUUUACAACAAGUAAAUCAAGUAUGGCUAAAUUAAAACCAUCAAUUGUACGUCCAUUAUCACGUAAAGAUAUUUUUUACAGUGGUAGUAUACAUAAUUUACCAGAAUAUCAAAGUCAAAAAUCAUUAGCAAAUUAUCGUCAAUCAGUUAUAUCAUUAUCAAAAUCAGUACGUGGUGAUACACGUGAUGGUGAUAUUGAAAAACAAACAGAACAAUUAUCAUUAUGUCCAUGUUUUGAAUUACCAGAAUCAUUUAAAGAUGCAUUAUCAACAAUGAUGGAUAUGACAUUAUUAAAAAAUCCAGUAUUUUUAUUUAUUUGUAUUAGUAAUUUUCUUGGUAUGGCUGGUCUUUAUAUACCAUUUGUAUAUAUUGUUGAUGCUGCUGUUGCAAAAGGUAUACAAAAAAAUACAGCAUCAUAUUUAAUUUCAAUUAUUGGUAUUACAAAUACAGUUGGACGUAUUAUUUGUGGUUACGUUGCUGAUUUUCCACAAGUUAAUUCAUUAUUAUUAAAUAAUAUAUGUUUAUUAAUAUCAACACUUGCUGUUGGUUCAGUACCAUUUUGUACAACAUAUGAAUCAUUUGUUAUAAUGAGUAUUUCAUUUGGUCUUGCAAUAUCUGGAUAUAUAUCAUUAACAUCAAUUAUACUUGUUGAUUUACUUGGUCUUGAUAAAUUAACAAAUGCAUUUGGUUUAUUAAUAUUAUUUAGAGGUGUUGCUGCUAUUAUUGGUUCACCAUUAGCUGGAAUGUUGUAUGUUUAUUCAAAAAGUUAUAAUCUUCCAUUUUUCAUGGGAGCAUUAUUCUUUUUAUUGAGUACAAUAACUAGUUUUAUGGCACCACUUAUGAAACGAUGGACAACAGAAAGGACACAGCCAAUUAUUAUGGAUACUCUAACACCAAUUGAUGAAGAUAUUGAAGAAGAAGAAAAUGAAGAUGAUAUACCAGAAAUUAUUGAAACUGCACCAUCACCUCUUGAGCCAGAAAAAGAAAUUAAACAAAUUGAAUCAGUUUUAUAAGAAAAUUAAAAUUAUUAGAUAAUUCAAAAUAACAGAUUAAUGAAAAAGAUGAAGUUACAAUAAUGGCCAAAAUAUUAUCCGAGCCAAUUCUUCAAGUCUGCUUAAAUAUUUAAACCCACCUAGUUUUUUUUCUUUUCUUUUAUAAAAAAAAAAAAUAAAAAUAACAAAAAAAAGCACAA